AAUAAAAAAUUUUCUAUAUGAAUUAGUGAAAAUGAAGAGGCUGAGGUAGAAAGAAUGAUGGUGAAUUCAGGUAAUGCGCAAUUUCCACUACCAACUGCGGUCACCCCAACUACUUCCACUACUCUACCUUCCACCACCGUCAGCAACGCCAAGCAAUGGCCUCCUCCUCCUCCUCCUCCUCUCUUCUCCCACCACCCCACAUUUCCUCCCGACCACGCCUCUUCUGCCUUGCUUGGCCUCCACAACAUCCUCCUCAUCACCCCCUCCUCCUCCUGCCACCACCACCACCACCACCAUCACAUUCAUGAACAGCCACCACCCUUCUCUGCCUCCCCUGGCGAGCCCAGCUUCUGGAGUUCCCUCAAGAAACGUCAUGAUUCCGCCACUAAUGAAAACAACAAAGCUCAUGAUGCUCAAGAUGAUAAUGAUAACGAAGAAGAAGAUGAUCAUGAAAACCAAAACUUCAUGAAAGUUUGCAAAGAUUGCGGCAACAGGGCCAAGAAAGAGUGCAGUUUUAGCCGGUGUAGGACUUGCUGCAAGAGCCGCGGUUAUGACUGCGCUACUCACGUGAGGAGCACUUGGAUCCCAGCUUCAAAACGCAGAGACAAGAAGCUCGCUAUGGACGGCAGGUCUUCAGCUUCUGCGUCUUCUUCUUCUGGUGCUAAAAGGUCAAGAAUUCCUGUUCCAGCUUUGUCUUCUGACAAUCUCACCACCACCACCUCUUCUGAUUUUCAUCUCCCCACUCUUUGUUUCACCGGCUCUGUCCCCCAAGAUGCGAGCUUCAAGAAGGCAUUACCGGGGCAAGUGAAGGCCCCGGCCGUUUUCAGGUGCAUAAGUGUGACUUCCAUUAGUGAUGGAGAAGAUAAUGAGGUUGGAUAUGUGGGUAGAGUGAACAUCAGUGGCCAUGUUUUUAAGGGGUUUCUUUAUGACCAAGGAGUUUGUAAUGAGAAGAAUUUGUUCCCUUGCAUUUCAUCAAAAACGCAUAAUAUGGAAGCUAAUUCUAGUGCAAAAAAUAGGGACUCUUCUUCUUCCCCAAUUGUUGAUCCUUCUAGUACUUUUGCAGCCUCUGCCACUUGAAAGGUGGGAAGAUCGAUCCAAAAGCCAAAGCUACUAUGAAUAUAAAACAUGGUAUAUAUUGUUAAGUUCAGUCAUCUACUAUAGAAGAAAAUGUAGUGAUUUAUUGUGAUGCCUAAACAUAGUUGUAAUAGCUUAAUGAAGUGCUACUAGUAUAUCUGCUGUUGAUACUCAACCCAGUUAUCAUUUUUGCUGCUACAGAAUUUACUGAAACUGUGGUUUAAUGUUAAGGAAUGAGCUUUAUCUAGCAGUUUGUUUCUGGUGUUAAUUGAAGAGUACUUCAAUCAUUUAUAAAUACCUAUUUUUAUGCU